AUGACAGCAGAUAAGAGGACUCUCGAUGCUGAGGCUGAGUCAGAGGGCAAAGGCCUCGGGGAUAUUUUAGACUUAGAUGACGCUGUUUUACGAGCACAAGGUCAUGAAAUCAAGCUCGAGAGAUCAUUCUCCUGGAUGGGCGCACUUGGACUUGCAUUCAGCAUCGUCAACUCUUGGUUGACAUAUGCGUCAUGCUUUGGUGUGGCAUACAGUUAUGGUAGUGGGCCAGUCGCUGUCUUCAGUCCAGUUGUCUCGGCACUCGUACAAUGGAUUAUGUUGAUGGGCGUAGCGGAACUUUCAUCGGCCUUUCCUUCCUCAGGGGGUCAGUACCAUUUCACAUACAUCGUCGCGCCCGAUCGCUGCAAGGCAUUUCUCGCUUAUAUGGUUGGGGCGAUUAAUGUUAUCGCCUGGUGGGUUAAUACCGCGUCGGGGACGAUAUACACGGCGAUCUCUGCUUUUGGAGUCUGUCAAUUUUUGACUGGAGGAUUUCAAGGCACCCAGUGGCAAGUGUAUCUCUGUUAUCUCCUCUUGAUACUUCUCACAUUGGUGCCCAUUUUUAUCAUCCCACAACAACGUAUUGAAAACAUGACCAAGACCGCCAUGUUUCUUUCAAUGGUGGGAUUCGUGCUGGUUGUAAUAGUCUGUCUUGUGAUGGGACGCGGAACCUACCAACCUAGUAGGAUUAUGGAAUAUAGAUGUACGAGCGGAUGGAACCCAGGAGUUGGAUUCCUUCUCGGAAUCGGCAACGGAGAGUAUGCAUUUGCUGCAGCCGGCGCUUGCGUACAUAUCGCCGAGGAGAUUCCCAAUCCAAGCCGCAAGGUUCCUCUUGUUAUCAAUUUGACAAUCGCUCUCGGAGCUAUUACACUUGUUCCAUGGAUCAUUGCAAUGACUUCAGUGAUUCAUGAUAUUGAGGCUGUACAGAACAGCUUCCUGCCAAGCCUCGAGCUUUUUCACCAAGCGACUGGAAGUAAGGCUGCUGCUGCUGCGCUGCAGAUAUACUUGACAAUCCUGUAUUACAGUAAGUUCUUCCUCGACGCUUACCUGUUCUCGCUCUCCCCAUAUAUUAAUACUCCUCAAGCCUGUGUACCAAGUCAGUGGAUUACGAGUAGCCGGAUGACCUGGGCGUUUUCUCGAGAUGUGAGUUUCUCCACCAUACCUACCGAUGAUCACUCGAUCAUGUAUUCUGACUCAAUGGCUUUCAUAAAGAAUGGCCUCCCAUUCUCCAACUAUUGGGCAGAAGUUGACUCAGAACGCAACAUUCCUAUACGCGCGACUCUACUAUCGGCAGGCUUUUGCACCAUCUAUGGUCUUUUAUACAUUGCGAGCACACAGGCCUUCAAUUCAAUUAUUAAUACUGCUGUAUUGAUGUUGAAUAUUACAUACACCGUCCCCCAGGCUAUAUUAAUUGUCAGAGGGAGGGCCAUGCUUCCAGCUCGCCAUUUUAAUCUGCGCAACUACGGGUAUCUGGUGCAUGUGUUCUCCGUUCUUUGGCUCAUACUUAGCGCUGUUUUAUUUUUCUUGCCAACCAGCAACCCCCCGACUCUGGCUAAUAUGAACUACAACUCCGUUGUUAUUGUGGGUAUAUAUAGCAUUGUCCUUCUGUGUUGGAUCGAGCGACGGCAAAAGUUCUGUGGUCCUGCGAUCGACUGGGAUAUUUUGAACGCAGCUGAAGCUACCUCGGAAUAG